AUGGGGAUGCUCUUCAGUGGCCUGGACUGGGAGACUGAGAACAGAGAGAGAACAGAGAGAGAAGAGAGAGACAGAGAGAGAACAGAGAGAGCCAAGGAGAACAGAGAGAGAACAGAGAGAGAAGAGAGAGACAGAGAACAGAGAGAGAACAGAGAGAGAACAGAGAGAGACAGAGAGAGUAAGAGAACAGAGAGAGAAGAGAGAGACAUAGAACAGAGAGAGAAGAGAGAGACAGAGAACAUAGAGAGACAGAGAGAGACAGAGAACAGAGAGAGAACAGAGAGAGACAGAGAGAGACAGAGAACAGAGAGAGACAGAGAACAGAGAGAGAACAGAGAGAGACAGAGAGAGACAAAGAACAGAGAGAGAACAGAGAGAGACAGAGAGAGAGACAGAGAGAGACAAAGAACAGAGAGAGACAGAGAGAGAGACAGAGAGAACAGAGAGAGAAGAGAGAGACAGAGAACAGAGAGAGAACAGAGAGAGAAGAGAGAGACAGAGAACAGAGAGAGAACAGAGAGAGACAGAGAACAGAGAGAGAGAACAGAGAGAGAACAGAGAGAGAACAGAGAGAGACAGAGAGAGAAAGAGAACAGAGAGAGAACAGAGAGAGAACAGAGAGACAGAGAGAGAACAGAGAGACAGAGAACAGAGAGAGACAGAGAGAACAGAGAGAGAAGAGAGAGACAGAGAACAGAGAGAGAACAGAGAGAGACAGAGAACAGAGAGAGACAGAGAACAGAGAGAGAACAGAGAGAGAACAGGGAGAGACAGAGAACAGAGAGAGACAGAGAACAGAGAGAGAACAGAGAGAGACAGAGAACAGAGAGAGAACAGAGAGAGACAGAGAACAGAGAGAGAACAGAGAGAGCCAAGGAGAACAGAGAGAGAACAGAGAGAGAAGAGAGAGACAGAGAACAGAGAGAGAACAGAGAGAGUAAGAGAACAGAGAGAGAACAGAGAGAGAAGAGAGAGACAGAGAACAGAGAGAGAAGAGAGAGACAGAGAACAUAGAGAGACAGAGAGAGACAGAGAACAGAGAGAGACAGAGAGAGACAAAGAACAGAGAGAGACAGAGAACAGAGAGAGACAGAGAACAGAGAGAGUACAGAGAGAGACAGAGAGAGACAAAGAACAGAGAGAGAACAGAGAGAGACAGAGAGAGAGACAGAGAGAGACAAAGAACAGAGAGAGACAGAGAGAGAGACAGAGAGAGACAAAGAACAGAGAGAGACAGAUAACAGAGAGAGACAGAGAACAGAGAGAGAACAGAGAGAGACAGAGAGAGACAGAGAACAGAGAGAGACAGAGAGAGACAGAGAACAGAGAGAGAACAGAGAGGGACAGAGAGAGAGACAGAGAGAGCCAAGGAGAACAGAGAGAGACAGAGAACAGAGAGAACAGAGAGAACAGAGAGAGACAGAGAACAGAGAGAGAACAGAGAGAGACAGAGAACAGAGAGAGAACAGAGAGGGACAGAGAGAGAGACAGAGAGAGAGACAGAGAGAGCCAAUGGAGAACAGAGAGAGACAGAGAACAUAGAGAGACAGAGAGAACAGAGAGAGACAGAGAGAGACAGAGAACAGAGAGAGAAGAGAGAUACAGAGAACAGAGAGAGAACAGAGAGAGAAGAGAGAGACAGAGAACAGAGAGAGAAC